UUCUCCUUUUCCCUUUUCUCUCUUCCCUUUUCCUUUCCUUUUUUAUUUUCCUCCCCGUGCUGGGGACUGUUCUGAUUCCAGCGGUUCUUCCAGCGGGAUUUAUCCCACAGGGAUCCAUCCCAAGGUCCUCAGCCACCUCCUCUUGUCCCCAGGGUCCCUUGUGCUGGCGUGUCCCUGUGUCCCCCGUGUCUCCUGGCAGUGUCACCAUGCUCCUGCCCCACUGCCUGCUGCUCCUGGCCAGCCUCGUCCCGCCAGCCCUGGGCUCCUGGGGGGUCUCCUACCCCCAGUCCCUGCAGGCCAGCGGGGGGUCCUGCCUGGUUGUCCCCUGCACCUUCAGCUACCCCGAGGGUGUGACAACGGCCGACGGCAUCGUGGCCAUCUGGUACAAGGACUACGACGGCCAGCGGACGCUGGUGUUCCACUCCGCCACCCCCCAGGAUGUGGAUCCCCACUUUGGGGGUCGUGCCCAGCUCCUGGGGGACCCCACGGCCCGGAAUUGCACCCUGCUGCUGCGGGGGGUGACACCAGGGGACAGUGGCCCCUACAGGUUCCGCUUCGAGAUCGUCAACGGCGACCGCUGGUCGGCGUCGCGGGAUGUGGCGCUGAGCGUUUCGGCGGAUCUGGAGCGUCCCGGCGUCACCCGCAGCGAGGAGCUGACCGAGGGACAAAGAUCCACCUUGGAGUGCUCCACGCCCUACGUCUGUCCCGGGGGUGACAUCGUCCUGCACUGGGAGGGCUACGACCCCCGGGGGUCCGAGGUGUCCGGCCGUGUCCAGCUGGACACCAGCGGGGUCAGCCAGUGGGUGAACUUGACCAGCUCCUUCUCCUGGAAGGACCACGGCAAGAAGCUGCUCUGCGAGGUUUCCGCCGGACCCAGGAGGGCGAGCACGGAGGUGGUGCUGCGGGUCAGGCGUACGUGGGGCGGGGACAGGGGACACCUCUGCCACGGCCACCAUGUCCCCCUCCUGCCACCCCCUCCUUCCCCGCAGCGUUUUCCUCCUGUUUCUCCCUCCCCUUUCCUCCUCCUUGGCCACAUCUGUCCUUUAGGUGCCACGUCCUGUCACGAUCCGCUCAACGCCAGCGGGAGUCGUGAUGGUUCGUUCGACCCCAGGGUGCAAAAGAGACUCAGGUUUUGUUCAGCAGAAGGCAGCAAUGCAGUUUAUCACACCCCCAAGGACACCCAGGUGUCGCUGAGCCCUUCCUCGGGGAACAUCGGCGUGGGUGACAACGUGACCCUGAGCUGCCGGGUUGGCAGCAGCCACCCCCCAGUCUCGGGGUACCACUGGUACAAGGACGGGGUGGCCGUGGGCACCGAGCGGGUGCUGGCCCUGCGGGGGGUGCGCCGCCAGGACCACGGGCGGUACCACUGCGAGGCCCAGAACGCCCUCGGCGCCGGGGUGUCACCUCCUGUCACCCUCCACGUGUUCUCCGCGGAGAUCUCGGCCAGCCCCGCGGCCGAGGUGCGCGAGGGGACGGCCACCACCUUGUCCUGCGAUGUCCCCGGGCGGGAGGGGCAUCCCGAGGAGCUGAGCUACACCUGGUACAAGAACAGCGCCUGGCUCAAGGAGGGCCCGGCCCACACCCUCCUGUUCCCCGCCGUGGCCGCCGCGGACGCCGGCUACUACUCCUGCCAAGUGACCAACAGCCGGGGUAGCGACACGGCCUGUUCCCCGCCGUGGCCGCCGCGGACGCCGGCUACUACUCCUGCCAAGUUGGCUGGGGCGACACUUCCCAUCCCUGGAAGUGCCCAAGGCCAGCUUGGAUGGCGCUUGGAGCCACCCUGGCAUAGAAGUGUCCCUGCCCAUGGCACCAGCUGGCAUUUAAUGUCCCCUCCGGGAUUUUCCCUGCGGCCACAUCCCGACCUCCACGCGCUCUCCCACCCCACAGAUCCGCCCCGGAUUCCCACCCUCACGCUCUUCCAGGAGACCCAGGGCGGCCGGCUGGUCAUUGUCCGCUGCACCGUGGACAGCCACCCUCCGGCCACCCUGGCCAUCCACCGCGACGGCACCGUGCUGGCCACCAGCGGGGCUCAGGUGGCCACCCUGGGCCGGCGGCUCGCUGUCACCGCCUCCCGCAAUUCCCUGCGGCUGGAAAUGCGGGAUGCGGGACCCCGGGAGAGCGGGAAUUACGGCUGCACCGCCAGCAACGUCCACGGCAACGCCAGCGCCACCAAGGUCCUCGAGAUCCGCCCUGCGGGGCUCCUGGUCCAGCCCUCGGCGGAGGUGACAGAGGGGACGGCAGUCACCCUGACCUGCGUGGGGACAGGGGACACGGCGGAGGAGCCGCUCUACGCCUGGUACAGGAACGGCCGGAGGCUCCAGGAGGGCUCAUUCCCAACCCUGGAAUUCCCGUCCGUCCGCGGCGACGACGCCGGAACCUUCCAGUGCCAGGUCCGGAGCAGGAACGGCACUGACACGUCGGAGGCUGUCCCUCUCCGAGUGUUCUACCCCCCGAGGCGGCCAGUGCUGAGCUCGUUCCUGCAGAGCCAGGGUGGGCGCCUGGGCAUCAUCCAGUGCUCCGUGGAGAGCGAUCCCGAGUCCAACCUCACCCUCCAGAGAGGGGACAACGUCAUUGCCUGCACCCAGGGAUGUCCCCAAGCCACCACCAGCCCCAGGGUCCAGGUCACCAGGUCCUACAACAGCCUGAAGGUGGAAAUCCGGGAUGUGGUGGUGGAGGAUGAGGGGAUUUACGUGUGCCGGGUGAAGAAUUCCCGGGGAAGCGCCAGCUCCACCGUGGAUUUCAAGGCUGACACUGCCAAUGUCACCGUGUCCCCAUCCCCCCGCGUGCUGGAGGGUGACAAUGCCACCCUCACCUGCCACCUGAGCAGCGGCUCCACGGCUGUCCCCAACGUCACCUGGUACCACAACGGGCAGCAGAUCCCCGAGGGCUCGGCCACCUCGCUGGUGCUGCGGCCGGUGGCCAGCAGGGACGCCGGGCUCUACCGGUGCCGGGCCAGCACGGCGGGCGGCAGCCGGAGCUCUCCCGAUGUCCUCCUGGAUGUGCUGUACCCCCCUCGGGACCCUCUCCUGACGGCAUUCCUGGAGGCCGAGCGGGGCUCCCUGGCCAUCAUCCAGUGCUCCGUGGCCAGCAACCCCCCGGCCCAGCUGGCCCUGCUCCGGGACCAGGAGCCGGUGGCCACCAGCGCCGGCGGGAGCAGCCCGCGGGUCACCGUCUCCGCUGCCCCCAACUCGCUGCGGGUGGAGAUCCGGGAGGUGACGCCGGCGGACGACGGCAGCUACCGGUGCACGGCCACCAACGCGCACGGCUCGGCGGAGCGGCGGCUGCACCUGCGCGUGCAAGCCACCCGAGUCCUGAUCUCACCGUCCUCGGAGGUGCUGGAAGGUGACAACGUGUCCCUGAUGUGCCAGGUGGCCGGAGAGCCACCGGGUGACACCGUCUACUCCUGGUACAAGGACAGCAAGUGGCUCCAGGAGGGUCCUGACAGUGUCCUCGUGCUGUCCCAUGUCACCAGCGCUGCCACCGGGCUCUACCACUGCCGGGCCCGGGGCACUGCGGGGAGCAGCGUGUCCCCCGCUGUCACCCUGAGCGUCUGCUCCGCCCGGGUCUGGAUCCGGCCGUCCCCAGCCGUGCGGGAAGGGGACAAUGCCACCCUCACCUGCGCGGUGGCAGGAGGGGACCAGGACGUGCUGAGCUACACCUGGUACCGGAACCAGGUGUGGCUGGGCACCGGCUCUUCCCAAAAUCUCACCUUCCCUGCGGUCACCGCCUCCGACGCCGGCUCCUACCAGUGCUCCGUACAGACCCCGGCCUGGAACCACAGUGCCACCCCUGCCACCCUCAGCGUCCUCUACCCCCCCAGGAACCUGCGGCUGCGAUCCUUCGGGGGGGGGCUGCGAUCCUUCGUGGAGAGCAGCCGGGGCGCGGCCACCAUCCUGCUGUGCGCCGUGGACAGCCACCCCCCGGCCCGGCUCACCCUGCUGCGGGGGGGACACCCGCUGGCCUCCAGCCCCCCCGGGGCAGGUGACACCCCCCGGCAGGUGACGUCCCCCUCUCCCAACGCGCUGCGCUUGGAACUCCGCGAAGCGUCCGAGGAGGAUGAGGGUGAAUACGAGUGCCAGGCACGGAGCGCCCUCGGCGUCACCCACGCGUCCCUCACGCUCCGCGUGCAAGCCACCAGGGUGCUGGUGCGACCCUCGGCCGAGGUGGCGGAGGGGACAGAGGUGACACUGACGUGCCAGGCCCCUCACGCGCAGCCGGGGGCCCUCUACACGUGGCUCAAGAACGGGCGGUGGGUGACAGAGGGAGCCGAGCCCUCGCUGGCGCUCCGCGGCCACCGCUCCGACGCGGGGCUCUACAGCUGCAGGGCGGGCCGGGGUCCCCGAGCGCCCCCCGCCACCCUCACCGUGCUCUGUGAGUGGGGCGACGACACCUCCGGGGGGACGGGAGGGGACACCGGUCCGGUGGCUGUGUCCCGGUGCCACCCUCCGUGUCCCCUCCCAGACCCUCCUCGGGCCGUCUCGGUCAGCACCUUCCUGGAGAACCGCAGCGGGCGCGGGGCCAUCGUGCUGUGCACGGCCGAGAGCCACCCGCCCUCCCGGCUGGCCCUGCACCACCAGGGCCACCUGCUGGCCCCCAGCCUGUCCCCCGCUGUCACCCCGGGGGUCAGGGCCGUCCCCUCGCGCAACGCCCUGCGCCUGGAGCUGGUGGCCGCGGGGACAGGGGCUGGCGGACGCUACGUGUGCGUGGCCACCAACGCCCUGGGCAACGCCACGGGCAGCGCUGACUUGGAUGUGCACACUCUGAGCCACCUGAGGACCUUCCAGGUCCUGUCCGGGCUGUUCGUGGCCAUCGUGGCCGUGGCCAUCGUGGCCCUGCUGGCCAUGAAGGUGUGGCCCAGGGUCAGGAAAUCCCAGAGCUGGUCCCGUGCCGAGGACACCCUGGAGCUGAGGAGCAAACCGGACCUGUCACAGAUGGAUGGAGCAUCUUGACCUGGUGGCUCUCGGAUCCCGUUCCAGCUGUGGCCGCUGGAAUUUCCCGGUCCUGGCUGGAUCCAGGGACUCCUCUGGGGAUCCCCCCGCUCCUUCCCGAUGGGUUCUUGUCACCUCCUCUUGUCACCGGUGACAGCUCCGGGCUGGGAAAAUCCCGGAAAAAUAAUAAAAUGAA